ACCACUGUGCAAUAGGGCUGCCCUUUUGAAGUUUGAACUAUUGGAUUCUGGCAAACAGACUUUCAAUAGAUUGAAAUAACUUAUUUUUAUUAUUUUAAAGACUUUACGUGGUAAAUAAACAGAUAUUAGCAGUAAACAAUAUUAUAUCCAAAAUGUUUGAUGCAAUGACUGUGCAUCACCAAAAAUAAAUAUAAAAUAAUAAUAAAAAUAAUAAUAAAAUAUAUACUGUAUAUAUUAUUAUUAUUAUUUUUUAAAUAAACAUUUUUACUGUAGAUUUUUUUUGUCACCAUUGUGUUUUGCAAAAAUUCAGAUUAGAUAAUAAAAACAGGUAGGAGUCAAAAAAUCCCAAUUUAAUUGAACGUAAUUAAGAUUCUUGCAGCCCAUUCAUCUCAACCAAAGUGCAGCCUUGUUCCUUGAGUGUCGCGCUCACAGCUAUACGGUGACAGCCCUGCAGAUGUCGUAAUGACGCACGACUCCAGCGCGUUGACGCCGUAUUACGUCCAACCAAUCAGCAGCAGUUUCCGAAGCCCAGGAAAGAAGCAGAUGAUAUGGCAGCUUUGUGAGCGGCCAGGUGGAACUAGCUUUUGUUUAAUUGGGCUGACAGCGGAACAUGAGUACACUUUAACGCGCGCACCGCAGCGGGGAUCCGGGGGCAAAGAUGAUAUACCUGAUAUUAAUUUCUGCCGUUUCUGGGGCCAUCGUCACGCUGCUUUUGCAGCUCUUCCUGGUAUACCAGAGGAGCCCCAAGCCUGUCGCGAGGACAGUGCAGUAUGUCAAAGCAGUUCCUGAUCCUGCACUGAAGGAUUACUUUAGUAAUCAACAAGCCGAUGCAACGCAGCAACAACAGCAAGACAUCACAUCCGCUGCCUCCAAACAACCAGAGCCCGCUUCUGCCAAACAGCAAGAACCCACUGUCUCCGGCAGCAGCCCCAAACAACAACCGCUCUCGCCACCGCCUUCCCAGAGCGAUCCUCUUCACACUUCCAAAGCGGAGACAUGCGAUUUCCUCAACGCAAUCAUUUUGUUUUUAUUUCGAGAGCUCCGCGACACCCCAGUGGUCAGGCACUGGAUCACCAAAAAGAUCAAGGUAGAGUUCGAAGAGCUCCUCCAAACCAAGACCGCCGGGCGCCUGCUGGAGGGGCUCAGUCUGCGGGAUAUCUCCCUGGGCAACUCGGUGCCCGUCUUCAAAACAGCCAAACUCAUGAAGCCUGUGGCUCUCAAUGAAGACAACAUGCCAGAGGAGCUGAACUUUGAUGUGGACUUGGAAUAUAACGGCGGCUUUCAUUUGGCCAUCGAUGUUGAUUUAGUAUUCGGCAAAUCGGCUUAUCUGUUUGUGAAGAUGACCCGGGUGGUCGGCCGGCUGAAACUGCAGUUCACCCGCAUGCCUUUCACGCACUGGUCCUUCUCCUUCAUGGAGGACCCGCUCAUAGACUUCGAGGUGAAGUCUCAGUUUGAGGGUCGUCCUCUGCCCCAGCUUACCUCUAUCAUAGUGAACCAGCUCAAGAGAGUCAUCAAGAAGAAGCACACGUUACCAAAUUACAAAAUAAGGUACAAGCCUUUCUUUCCCUUCCAAGUGCAGCCACCACUCGCAUCAUCAUGUGACUUGGACCUCUCCAUCAGAGACACCCUAUUGGUGGAGGGACGUCUACGUGUCACACUUGUUGAAUGUAGCAGGUUGUUUAUCCUGGGCUCGUAUGAAAGGGAGACAUAUGUUCACUGCACCUUAGAACUCAGUGCUGAGGAAUGGCGGGAGAAAACUCGCAGCUCCAUAAAAGAGACUGAGGUGAUUAAAGGACCAUCUGGGAGUGUGGGGAUGACAUUCAGGCAUGUUCCGGCCACUGAUGGUGACACGGUACAUGUGAGCAUAGAGACCGUCACCCCAAACUCCCCAGCUGCCCUGGCGGACUUACAGAGAGGAGAUCGCCUCAUUGCUAUUGGAGGAGUCAAAGUGACAUCCUCUGUCCAAGUGCCGAAGCUGCUGAAACAAGCUGGAGAGAGAGUGUUAGUCUUAUAUGAGAGGCCAGUGCGGCACCAGGUGCCUACUGUUGGGUUAGGGCCACUCCAGGAAACCUUAGGGCCUAUGGAGGAGCCCGUCUACCUUCCCCAGCCUGGGGGCUAUGAGGAGGACCCAGCCCCAAUAGCCACCAUGGACAUAACUGAUAACAGAGACAUGGACUCUGAGUUUGAGGAGUUAAUCGUGGAGUCCAAAUCAACUGGAGCUCCAGUCAGUGUUGACACUAAAGAGGACUUCUUGCUCUCUGUAAACCAAAGCCCCAAAAAGACUGUGGCGAACCUGGCCAAGCCCCUUGGUUCCAUCUCUCCAAUUCUAAACCGCAGACUGAACCUUCAGUCCCCGCUCAAACCCCAGCCCAAAGAAUCACCUAAGCCACCAACUCACAAGACUGUUGAACCAUGCGAACAACCACAGAGACCAACGGUGCCCCCGCCUCCACCACCCGCACGCCCUCCUGUUCCUCCCAGGCCCCAUAUUAAGGUCACAUCUGCCACCUCAGAAACCCAAAAUAUGGUGGAAGGUAGUGAGUCUGCAGUGGAAAAAUGUCCAGAGAAAACACAGCCCGCUCCUAGCAAUGGGGACAAACCGGCAGACAAAAUCCCUGUUAAAUCACCAGAGCCAAAGCUUUUGAGUAAACUCCCAGAGCCCACUGAUGAAAUCCCCAGUAUUCCAGGCACAAACAAGCAAGAUUCAGCCAAAGACAAGAUAUCUGAGAGCUCCACCAACACUAGGGACAGUGUAGAUGAACAGGGUCUCUGGGAAUCAUCCGAGACCAUGUAUCGCAACAGAAAUGCUCGCUGGAAUAAAGCCUCGGUGGUCUUUGAGGUAGAAAACAACCACAAAUUCCUCAAUGUAGCACUUUGGUGCAAGGACCCCUUCAAGGUCGGUAGUCUCUUGUGCUUGGGGCAUGUCAGCUUGCGCUUGGAGCACAUUGCAAUGGAAUGCUUAUCAACAUCGUCUGCUGAAUAUCAGAGCACAUUCCGAAUAUGUGCCCCUGAACCAAGAGCAAGUGUCAGCCGCACCGCUUUGCGCAGCUUGAGUACUCACAAAGGUUUCAAUGAGAAAUUGUGCUAUGGAGACGUAACACUCAACUUCACUUACCUGGGAGACGGGGAGUCAGAUAUGUUCAGUGGACUGAUGGAACGCGAAUGGGAGGGGAGUCUCCAGGAAGAGGAGUUUAAAGACAAAGAAAAUGUACGGGAGCAAAUGCUCAUGGUAACUCGGGAUGAACUGAGUUACAGCGGCAUGCAGUUCGGGGAAAUGCGGCACAAUUUUCAGGACACUCAGUUCCAGAAUCCCACUUGGUGCGAGUAUUGCAAGAAGAAGGUAUGGACCAAAGCUGCUUCGCAGUGUAUGACCUGUUCUUAUGUCUGUCAUAAGAAGUGUCAGGAGAAGUGUCUAACUGAGCACCCUUUUUGCGUAGCAGCCUCAGACCGCCGUGGGGCAGAUCCUGAGGCAAAAUCAACUAUCAACCGGGCAACGACGGGUCUCACGCGUCACAUUAUCAACACUAGUUCACGCCUCCUCAAUUUGAGGCAGGUGCCAAAAGCCAGGCUUUCAGAACAGGUUGCAGAAAUGGGACCAGGAGUUGUAGAACCUUCUCCAAAACACACGCCUAACACGUCCGACAACGAGAGCAGUGACACGGAGACCUAUGUUGGGGCCAGUCCUUCUAAACAGCCACCUGGUAGCAGUGGUUCAAAACUGGUUCGCAAGGAAGGUGGGCUGGAUGACAGUGUAUUCAUUGCUGUAAAAGAGAUUGGUCGAGAUCUUUACCGUGGCCUCCCCACAGAUGAACGUUCACAGAAACUAGAGUUAAUGUUGGACAAGCUACAGCAGGAGAUUGACCAGGAGUUGGAGCACAACAACUUACUGAUAGUGGAAGAGCGAGAGACGAUUGACACCCGACGAAAGGCCCUGAUCUCUGCAGCUCUUGCAAAGUCUGGUGAACGGCUCCAAGCUUUGACUCUACUCAUGAUUCACUACCGUGCUGGCAUUGAAGACCUAGAGUCUGUAGAAAGCACCUCACCUUCCGAGCAGCAUGGCUUUCCAAAGGCGAAAACAGAGGGUCUGGAUGAGGCGCUGCUGGGCACAGAGGUGUACGAUAGUGACAUUUGUAGUCCAGUUGACGUUCCAAUGCUGGAUGAGAUUACAGAAGAGCAAAUCUGUGUAGAGGCUUUACCGUAGAGAUGACAAGGGGCAUCAGGGGCUUGAGACUCAAGAACAUACUUUUUUUUUUGUUUUUUUUUUUUUAUGGCAAGGCUUAAGAAUGACCUAUGAGCAUCCCACAAGUGAAUGCAAGGUUUACAAAGUAUUCAUGGAUAUUUGCCAGAAGAUCAUGGAAAUGUACUGUCAUAUGAGGAAUUUUGUGAGUGUCAGUAGUUUACCAGAUUUUAUUUACUUUUUAAUCAUUUUUUUUUUUUUUUUUUUUUAAUAAAUAUUGUUUUUUCGUUUGGUUUUGUUUUUGUUUUAUUUUUGGUCCCUUAUUAACUAUUGAAGAGGACUAAACCACCUUUUUGUAUGCUUUCUGCAGUAUUACAAAAAUACAUGUAAUUCGGGUCUAGCCCAUCUGAGUUCUCAUGGAAUCAUGAUCAAACUGAGUUUACCUGCCUUACCUGAAAAGGUGCAAUACAUUUUUUAAUCAUAACAAGCUUCAAAAGAGAGUGUCAGUGUGAGUAACAUACAUCUUAAUAUAGAUAUAAGUCUCUGUCUGCAGUAAUAUGUGCUUUUGGUGAUGUUCAUGGUUGGAAAUACUUCACAGUUUUUUGUUUUGAGCUUCAAGCCCCUCUGCCUUACACUAUGUACACUACAAAAGGUAGGAUUAUAUCCUGAAAAGCAGUCCAUAGAACAUGAUGUCCAGAAAGUGUAACAUGACUUUUUUUUUUUUUUUUUUUAUUCUAGUAGUACAUAUUGGUUCCUAAUCAACCUUGUACUCUCCUGAUAAGUACCUUUUAUCAUGUUACUUUUUGACUCAUUUUAAGUUUGAGUCAAUUGUUUAAUUUUUCAGUUAUUUAGUUUUUUGUUUUGUUUAAUAUGUUUUUAACAUGUUUAAAUGUUGAAUUGAGAGGAAAUCCUCAUAGGAAAUAUAAUCUUGGCAUUAUUACAGCAUAAUAUUGGGGACCAUUUUUUGUCAUUUAUAUUUGUUACUCCAAGCCAAUGUAAUGUUGUUUUCUUUUUUGAGGGAGGGAUAUUUCUACUGCAUACAUGAUAUCAGUUUCGAAGUAUGUUUUCGAUAAUCACAUUAUAUUAUCAUGUCACAAUGAAUUUGUUUUGAGCCUCUACGAGUUCAAAAAUUGUAGGACAUUUUUACAAACGUAUUACUAAUCUUUAUCAACUGAUGCUUCAAUUGGUUUAGAUGAGUGGUUAUGUUUGUGUGAAUGUGUCAGCAAGUUACAUUUUUGUUAAAGUAUUCUUUUGUUUUGGUAAUCUGAUUCUGUUAAUAGAAAGUUUUCAGUUUGUCUCACAUCAGUGUGUCUGAGCAUAUUUUGCCGCAUUUGAAAGUUCAUUUCACACGUAUACUAAUGAAUGAAUCUCCCAAAUGACUCUUUAAAAUAAUUAUUACAUUCACCACUCUACACAUCACCUGUCACACUAAAAAAAUACAUUAUUAAAAACUCUUUUGUCAAUACACACAGUAUUCCAUAAUUCUAAAAGCCAAUGCAUUCCUUACAGUCUAUAGCUUGUCUGCGGGGCCUAAACACUAUAGUGCUUAUGUUGUGGCCUCCGUCUAUGUAUGUCAGUUUAAUUGUUUUUUUUAAAAUUGAAAAUAGAUCCAGUUGAUUCAAUACACAUGCAUUUCUGGGUCUCUCUUCAUGAAUAUAAGGUUUUUUGUAAAGACAGAUGACAAGGCCUUUAAUAAAGGGGGUGGGGUGGCGGGGGGGGGGCGAACAGAAAUAUGUAGGGUCAAAGCAACCUGCUUUAACAGUUGUGGUGUCCUAGUUAAUGUUCCUGCUGGUCGUACAAUAUCUAUUCAGCUGGUAGAAUCAGACUCACAUUCUUGCUUGUGCAGUAUUUGCAUAUGGUGUUCAUGGAACCACAAACCAGAAGGGAAGCGUUUUCCUUUUGAAUCACUUAAAGAAAUUACAUUAAAAUAUUACACUCAGUAAGUCAUAAAAAUGAAUGAAAAUCUUUUGUUGCUGUUUUAGUUCUGUUUGUCUAGUUGCUGCUGCUGUUAUGCUGUGCUUCUCACACCAACACAUGCAUUCAUGUUUCUUCAAUUAUUUCAAUCUCACAGUGGAAAAACAAACAAACAAAUAGAACAAAAUAUAAAGCAUCAUAUCCGCCUUGGCAAACUGUGGUUAUGCUUUUCUGGGAAAGCUGUUGUUCUUAUUGGAAGCUGUAUCAUGUUUUAAAGUGCUAUUGUAAAUAGCCUAGUAAUGUAGGUCACUUUAAACCGGUCCUUUCUCCCUGAACUCUUAUAUAGUGCUCAACAUGUGGGUUCAUCUUUGUUGUUGUAUUUGCUUCAUGUAAAUAUUAUUUUGUUUGUUAGUGGGUUUUAAUUAUGGUUGAGGGCAUCUACUGAAGAAGUGCACAGCUUUUAAACUUGCUGCAAGACAUUUACGCACUGACAUAUCAUAUUUGCUUAUGCACUUGAUAAAUUAUUAGAAAUAAAAUAGAAAAUGUU